CUGGGCAGACAGAGUCACGCUUCGACGACGCAUGGGCUGCUCACCUUUCUUUGCGGUCACCGGAGCCCACCCGCUACUUCCACUUGACAUAUCCGAAGCCACCUACCUCCUUCCCGCCCCAGAAUCCGUGCUAUCAACCACGGAACUCAUCUCUUGUCGUGCAAUUGCGCUGCAGAAGCGACGAGAACACCUGUCGUUCCUUCAUUCCGCUGUCCUCGAAGCCCGCAUCCAGGAAGCGAUCCGUUUCGAGCGAGAACACGCACAUACAAUACGCAAUUACGACUUCCAGAGGGGCGAUCUGGUCCUGAUGCGGAACACUGCAAUCGAGAAGUCGUUGAGCCGCAAAAUGCGCAAGCGAUAUCUGGGACCGCUGAUUGUCAUCUCAAGGAAUAGAGGGGGCGCUUACAUUCUCUCUGAGCUUGACGGCUCUGUCUUCCACCGCCCUAUUGCCGCAUUUCGAGUCAUCCCAUACUUUGCACGACUCAAGAUCCCAAUCCCACCUCUCGAAGACUUGCUGGACAUCUCAACAGAACGGUUACGCGAGCUCGAGGAGUCGAUCUUGGCCGAUCCAGAAGACGAGGAAAGCGAUUCUGAGCUGCCAGGCAAAAGUGAAGACCGACUCUGAUCCCCCCAUGCACCCACUACACCCUCAAUCCAUCCAUAGAAUCGCCCUUUUCAAAUUCGUCCUGUUGAGGCUCUCGUGCGCCGGAAGCUGACUGAGGACAGUCAGAUUUUCAGUUGGAGGGAGAUGACAAGCGU